AUGAAAAAAGUUUCUUUGUUGUGCUUAUGUUGCAUCACCAUCUUGGCAACAAGUUUAAGCUUCAAUGUAGUUUCAGCACAGGGAAUAGCCGUGAACGCGCCAAACACGAUUAAAGAUAUUGAGUCGUACAUAUCUAACAGAGCCAUUGGGUUUGUUUUAAAGCUGGAGGAUGAGUGUCCGAUAAGAGAAAAGCUAAGAUCAUUCUUUGAGAAACUAAAGGAUCUCUUGAAGUUGGAGUCCUCUGUUACACCGAUGAUCGAAGAAAAUGAGCCCAAAACAUUCAUGUCCCAUAUGAAAUCGAAAGCCGAUAAUCUCCUCCAAACGAUGUUGAUAAUUGGGAGAGGACUGUUGAGUUCAAGUGUAAGGAAGGAGAUGUUCAAAGUGGUGAAAUCGCUCACUGAGUUACAUGCUGCGAUUGGUAAAGUUAUUAUGGAGAAACAUAUAAAAGGGGACGGAUCAAUGUCGCUUUCUUUGGAACAAAAGAACGCCGUCGAAAAUGCAGUAUCUCAAUGGGAAGUAACAAUCACCCGAAUCGUGAAGAUUGUUGUAGAAGUUAAGUCGAAAAGUUCAAGUGCGGCUUUAGGGAAAGAGAGCAGUACUACUGAUCAAAACAAUACUUCGGUGAAUGAAACCAUGUUGGAGUCAAAUAAAGGAAAUUUUGAGUCCAUGCAAGAAAAUGCAGAUGACGUUAGUGAAAGCAAUGAAGAUUCCAAAAACGAUGUAGCAAUGAAGGCUAAAGAAGGCAAUAGAGUGGAAGAUGUUAAAGGAGAUGUGAAUAAUGAGAAGCAAUUAGAAGUUCAAGGAGGAAAUAUUGAUUCGAAUACUAAUACGAGUUUGGAAGCUAAAGAGGAUAUUAACUCGGAGGUCGAGGCUAAUACUGAUGGAAGUUCCAUUACUAAGAACUUGGAAGAAGCUAAAGGAAAUGGUGGAGUUUUAACAAAUGAUAAUAACUUGGAGAACAAAGGGAGUGAGGUUACAAUAAAUGAUGGAGAUCACAUGAAGGCAAAUGGUGAAGAGACUCAAGAAAAUAAUGGAGAACUAGUGAUGAAUGAAAAUUUGGAGAACAACAAAGAUAAUAAAGACGUGAAGGAUAAUGGAUUGGUAGAGACUAAGAAAAAUCAUGAAACUUCUAUGGAAGAAAAUCGAAAACAUACUCAAGGAGGAACUGAAGUUUCUAUGAAUGGAGAAACAAUGCAUACCAAAAAUGGAAAUGUUGAUUCUAAUAAGGAGAAGGAAGUAGAGGUUCAAGGAGAAAGUAUUGGAAACUCCACUAAAGAUGUAAAUUUGGAGAAUAAAGAAGAUUUUAAAGGAGAUGCAAAUAGUGAGCAUAAAUUAGAGGUUCAAGGAGGAAGCAUUGGAGAUUCACAAAUUAACAAGAAUUUAGAUACUAAAGAAGAUGUUAAGUCGGAGGUUGAUGCUAGAAAUGAUGGAAGUUUCAUGAAUGAAAAGUCGGAAGCUCAAGGAAAUGAUGAAGUUUCUACAAAGAAUACUAACUUGGAAAAUAAAGGAAGUGAGGCUACAUCAAAUGAUGAAUACCACACAAAAGAAAAUGGGAAAAAUACUCAAGAAAAGAAUGGAGAACUAGUGAAUGAUGAGAACUUGGAGAACAGUAAAGAUAAUAAAGAAGUGAAGGAUAAUGGAUUGGUGGAGGCUAACACAGAUCAUGAAAAUUCUACGGAAGAAAAGGGAGAACAUAUUCAAGGAGGCACUGAAGUUUCUAUGAAUGGAAAAAUGAUGCAUACCAAAAGUGGAAAUGCUGAUUCUAAUAAGGAGAAUGAAGUAGAGGUUCAAGGAGAAAGUAUUGGAGACACCACUAAAGAUGUAAAUUUGGAGAAUAAAGAAGACCUUAAAAGAGAUGCUAAUAGUGAGAAGACAUUAGAGGUUCAAGAAGGAAGUAUUGGAGAUUCACACAUUAACAAGAAUUUGGAUACUAAAGAGAAUGUUAAGUCAGAGGUUGAUGCUAGAAAUGAUGGAAGUUCCAUGACUGAGUUGGAAGACACUAAAGGAAAUGGUCAACUUUUUACAAAUGAUACUACCUUGGAGAAUAAAGAGAGUGAGGCUAGAACAUAUGAUGAAGAUCACACAAAAGAAAAUGGGGAAGAUACUCAAGAAAAUAAUGGAGAACUAGUGAAAGAUGCAAACUUGGAGAACAACAAAGAUAAUAAAGAAGUGAAGGAUGAUGGAUUUGUAGAGACUAAGACAAAUCAUGAAAAUUCUACCGAAGAAAAGAGAGAACAUACUCAAAGAGGCACUGAAGUCUCUAUGAAUGGAGAAGUGAUGCCUACCAAAGGUGGACAUGUAGAUUCUAAUAAGGAGAGUGUAGUAAAAUUUCAAGGAGAAAUUAUUGGGGACUCAACCAAAGAUAAAAAUUUGGAGAAUAAAGAUGUUAAGUCAGAAGUAGAGACUAAUAAAAAUGAUGAAAGUUCCAUGAAGGAAAAACAAGGAUAUUCUCAUGGAAACGAUCGAGUUUCAACAAAAGAUCAAAACUUGGAGAGCGUAGGAGCACACGAAGAGACUAUGAAUCACAAAACAGUAGAUGCUAUGAAAAAUAACGGAGAUCACUUGAAGAAAAAGAGGGAAGAAAAUCAACAAAACAACAAAGAAUCAACGAAGGAUGAGAACUCAGAGAACAAAGAGGAUAAAAAGGAAUUUAAGGACAAUGGAUUAGUAGAGACGAAGACAAGUAAUGAAAAUUCUGUAAAAGAAAACAAGGAAGAGGCUCAAGGAAGUAAUGAAGUUUCGAUGGAUGGUCAAAUGGAUUCCUUAGGAGCAAAUGUGGAUUCUAAUAAUAAGACGGCUGUAGAGUUUAAAAAAAGACAUGUUGAAGACUCGAAUAAAGAUUCUAAACCUAAGGUAGAGGCAAUAAAAAAUGAAGGCAAUUCCAUGGAAGGGAAGGGAGAAGUGGCUGAAGGGAACGAUGGAGUAUCAAUAGAGGAUACGAACUUAGAGAACAUCAAAGAUGAAAAAGAGUUAAAAAACAAUAUACCAGCAGAGACAAAGACCAACAAAGAAACUACUAUGGAAGAAAAGAAAGAGAAGGAUCAUGUAGACAAUGAUGAGUCCACAUAUGGUGGAAAUAAGAACGAGUCUAAAGAUGAUAAGUUGGACGAGAUUAAGAAAAAUAAUAAAGAGCAUAUGGAUAAAAAGUGGCGAGAGGCUAAGGGAAAUGAAAAAAACAUUAUGAGAGGACACCCAAAAGAGGUUAGUAUUGACAACAAAGGUUACAAGAAAGAGAUUAAGGAUGGAAAACCGUUGGAAGUUAAAGAAAAUAAGGAAAACAAAGAAGAAACUCAAAGAAGCAGUAGUGGACAAUACACAAACGUAGACAAUAAAGAAGGUAAGGAUGACAAAUCAGUAGAGGUUAAGGAAAAUAAGGAAAGUUCUAAGAAUAAAAUACAAGAAAAAAUGCAAGGAAGCGGUAGAGAUACAACUAAGGUAGACAGAAAAAAGCCUAUAGAGGCAAGGUUAGAGAAUACAAAAAAAGAUAGAAGCUCUGUAGAUAACAUGGACAUAGAGCUUCAAAAAGGAAGUGAAGAGUCAAUGAAAGAAGAGGAAAGAAAAGAGCAUGAAAAA